AUGACGCCCUCGUCUGCUCUUCGUCGAUUCCGACAGAGUGACGAUGCAAAGGACGUGAAUUUUGUCGUCAAGUAUUUUCCCUACCAGCUGCAUCCCGAUGCGACCAGGGAGGGCGAAAGCAAGUAUGACUGGUAUAAGAAAUCUCGUUAUGGCGACUCGGAGGAGAAGAUGAAGAUGUAUAUGACAUUGAUGUCCGCGUAUGGUGUCUCUGCCGGCAUCAAUUUCAAGUUCGGCGGCACGGUUGCGAAUACACUGGAUGCACAUCGCGUGAUCCAACACUUUCAAGAAGAAAAGGGCUCCGAAACUGCCGACAAAAUCAUCAAUUCGCUCUACUUCCAGUAUUUCGAGAACGAGAAACACCCUUCUUCAGACGAGACAUUGCUCAAAGCAACCACCGACGCCGGCAUUCCCGAAUCCGAGGCUCGUCCAUUCAUACAAGACAAGAACGAUGGCAUGAUGGAUGUCAAGAACAUGGUUCGUCAGCAGGCGGGCAACGGAGUGGAUUCCGUACCGACGAUUAUGAUCGAGGGGAAGAGGAGGGACAUCACACUCGUAGGCGCGAAGGAGGUCGAGGAAUAUGAAAAGGCGUUGAAGCAGAUUGUCAAAGAGAGCAAGUAG